AUGAAUUCAAACUUAGAAUUGGUUCAAAUGUUAAAAGAUCUUCAAAUUUAUAAUUCCAUUGAUAAUAACUUUAGCCCUGAUCAUAGCUAAUUAGUAAUGAUAUAUGAAAAAGUAAUUGGAUUUAUUUUUAUGUUAGUUUUGUGAUUUAAUAAAUUUUGAUGAUAAUUUUACUUUAGAAAAUUCAACAUUGUAAUUAUUUUAUAGAUGUAAAUUAAUGUGUAAAACAGUUGGAGUAGCUGAUUUUUAGAUGAUGGAUUUAACAGAUCCAGAUUAAAAAAGAAUGAAACACAUUCUUACACAAUUAUGUAAAUAUUGUAUAUGGAAAAAAGAUUAAAGUUAAAAAUGGGAAAAAAGAGACAAAGAAAUAGUAAUUCAUUUAUUUUUAUAUAAUUUUAGGUAUAAUUAGAAGAUAUUGAUUUAUAAUAAACUAGAAAAUAAAAAAAUGAAUUAGAAGAUUUAAUAUAAAUGAAAUAUAAAGAUAUGGAUUUGAAAAAGAAGAAAUUUGAAUAAUAUAAAUAAAUGAAACAUAAAUGUGAAACAGAUUUAUUAGCUAAAAGAAAUUAAAAUUUAAAAUUAUAAAAUUCUAUUUCAUAAAAUUAAAAUGAAUUAAAAGAUGCAGAAAAAAAGUUUAAGAAUUUAAUUGAGAAAUUGUAAGUAGCUCAAAAUGAAUUAUCAAUAUUAGAAAGGUAAUAUUAUAUAUUUAUUUUUUAAGUAUGAUAGUAAAAGAUCCAAAAAAUUUAGAAAAGAAAGUAAAUGAUAGUUAAAGAAGAGUUGAAAGUCUAUAAAUUGAAGUAGAUAAGUGUUAAAAGGAAUUAUAAAUUGAAACAUUUAAAAUUGGAAAGAUUUAUAAAUAAUUAUAUUAAGAUUAUGAUAUAUUUUUGAGAUUACUUGAAUAAAUAAAAGAAUCAGAAAGUGCUUUAAUUUAAGAAGAUAAAAAUUUUGAAAAAUCUAAUGAUUAAAUAUUUACAGCAACUAAUAAAAUACUCUAAGAAAACAUGGCCUUAUAAAAAUUACAAUAAAAUAAAGAAUAAUUAUAAUAAUAGAAAGUUGUUGAAUCUGAAAAAAAUAAUUCAUCAAAUUAAUAUAGUUUAUAAUCUUUAAUAGAUUUAUAAAAUAAAUUACAAGAAUUACAAGUUGAAGUGAAAAAAGAAUAAUAAGAAUAUCUAUCUAUAUAACUUAUGAAAUAAGAAUAAUAAAAGAUUAUGUCUGAAAAUGAUGAAAUAAAAGCAGCUAUUGAAGCAAAUCUCAAAUAAGUAGUGACUCAAUAAAAUAAAGAAAUUGAAUAAUAUACAAAAAAUAUUGAAAUCUUACUUAAUAAAAUAGAAUUUGAAUGA